GAUGGAUAUGUACGACGAGAUGUACGAGAUUAAAAAUGGACGUGAAAUCGACGAUAGUCCCCCACCCGAUUUAGACGUGUCCGGUUCACUUCAAUUCGUUAAUCAGGAGGAUGAAGAAGAAGUCGAUGAUGAUGAUGAAGAGCGGCUGGGCGACCGACCUCAGCGAAAGGAAAGCUUCAAUGAAACCCAUCCCAUGGCCAUGCUCGAUGAGGGUAGCAAAGUGUCCCGUUCAAUCGAUUCUACACAAAAACGAGAACUGCGCAAAAAUGAUUCCAUGACCGAUAGCAGCGGCAGCGUGUCGGAUGAUGAUAAGGGACCGGCCAAAAAGCUGGUCGAGGAGAAAGAGUUCAAUCCGAAGCUGUACGAAAACAUCGAUGCUCCGGCCGACGUUAAGGAUUUGUUUCAAUACAUUCCACGCUACACGCCCCAGAGGAUUGCGACCGAUUACAAGCUGAAGAUAUUUAUUCCUGACUUCAUCCCAGCGGUGGGUGAUAUCGAUGCUUUCCUGAAGGUGUUUUCACCCAGUCCCGUGAAUGAGAAGAACAUCAAGAAGCUCAACGCUCACAUUCAGAAUCUGGGGCUUAUGAUUCUAGAUGAGCCAUGUGGUGAUCAGAGCGAUAGCGUCUUGCUGCAGAUGAAGCUGCGAUCGAUUUUUACUAAACCGAUCGAGACGCCCUCGGCGAUCGUACGCAGCUCACGGGAUAUUGAUCGAUGGGUCACGGAAAUUCAGGCACUCCGCACUAGCCAGUCGGUGCAAGGGGCAGCCAGUGCACAGAAGCAACCGAACAUCAGCAUUGACAAUCUCAUGUCCGAGUGGCCAGAAGAGGUAGAGCGGACGUUGGAUACCCUCGGUUUUCCACCGGCGAACCUGGACUGCAGUUUAACGGAGUAUAUCAAAAUCAUUUGCAAUAUUUUCGAUAUACCACUACCGAGCGAUGAAAGCCAAGCCGAUUACAUCUAUGCGUUGUACAAUUUGUUUAAUCUCUUUCUCGCCAUCAAGCAGCAGCAACAAUAG